GAAUCGCGAGAUGAACCAACUUCAGAGCCAGGUGGAGACUCUUCAACAGCAGGCCCGCGCAGCCAUCGAACGUGAACGGGCUCUCAAAGAGCAGGUGUUGUUGGCAGAGGAGGCCGUCAGGAAGGAGCUGCAUUCGCGCAACGAGGCUAGUCGUCAAUCAGAGCAACGAAUUCAAGAGCUUCAAGCACAAGUUGCUGAGCUUCGCACUGAAGUUCUACAGCUGCAGGAGAAGAGGCAUGAGACUUCCGCAUCUCCACGGGAUAUCCGACCGAAAUGCGCUUGCAGUGUCAU